AUGGGUUGGAAACGACGAUUUUCACCGCGACAUGUCCAAACCGCCUGGAGUUAUGAGGAUGAGCAUGUCCGUAUCCUGUUCCGAUUUGACGCGAUCUACAAUUUCACUGCCCUGCGUCUUUUCUUAGCCAACGAUUUCACUCACGAUGUGACACUACCAAGGAAUAUUACUGUCCAGUGCAGCUUACACUAUCCAGCCUCGACAGAUCAACGACCCGAUAGUUCGGUCCCGUUAGUUGCCCUCAAUCCCCGUGCCGAUCGGUCCGUGUCGGUCUCUCGAUGGCUCGUCAUGUCUCCGGCACAAACACAGUGGUACACAGCACCGGUAAAAGCAGAUGAAAAGAAUUCCGGUUCGAUAUCAACUGGACCGGAGAGUGUCUCAGGGAGCAUGUUGCAUUCGGGAACACUGGGCAUUGGUCGAUUUGUCGAUGUUCGAUUAUAUUUUGACUCAGCGUGGAUUGUUCUCGGAGAAAUAGCAUUCGAAAAUGAAAAACUAGACCCCAAUGAGCUCCAGGUCAAACCCACACAGUCGCUGUUCAUGCCGAAAAACCGGGCAUCAAAUGGCGAUGGAACGGUUGUGAAUGGCAAGGGUCCGCAGAACAAAACUUCAGGCACUGGCCCCGUGGAAACCUCAGUGACUACGGAUAGCACUAAAACUGGCUCCUCGUUUCCUAUUGGUCAGUCUACUCUGACGUUAGGAACGAUUUGUGGGAUCUUGGCAGCACUGAUUGGUGUUAGCGUUAUUGGUCUUUGUUUCCUCUGGCGUCAAAAACGAAUGCGCUCGCGUUUCGAACAACACUUCCAUCGUGGGAAACGACCCAUGAACGGUGCGAACCACUUUGACUGUCUGAGUGAGGUUCAAACACCUUACAUGCUACCUUCUAAUCAAAACCAGCAGCAGCAACAACAACAGCAUCCCAACUCCACACUGGCUAAUCCACUGGACGGUUUGGUUAAUCCAUGUGACCCUGGUCAAACCGGGGUUCUGUACGGGGCUGCAAGAACACCGCUGGUUCUUGGCACGCAGAAUCAUACGGAGUUUGCUCAUACGUUACGUGGUCCGUUCGGUCAGUUAAUCGAUCCGAACUAUCCGACUGAAUCGACGCCACACACACCCAAGUUGGCCGGGGAUCUGACCGGUUGUCCCAUGCGGAGUGAUUUUGACCCCGCGCGUUUCGGACUAGGUGAUCAGACAAUCCCGGCAAGCACAGUGGCUCCUCAGUCAGUGCAAUUUAUCCCCUUUGUUUCUCCUCAGGUCACACAUAUCGAUUUCCGACCCCCCUUAACAAAUAUUGGCACUCUGAAACCAAACGGACUGUCGGAUGACCCGUUUGUCGUACUCCCGAUACAUGAUAGCGCAAUCUACACAAGUUUGCCCGGUUCCGACUGUGAUUCACAACCGUACGCCCGAAUUGGAAACGGGGAUACGGAAAAGCGUUACUCCAGAAGUAUUGACUACCAAGGAAAACCGUUUCAUCUAUUUGUUCAGUCCUCAAAACAAUCACAGCUUCAACAAUCCACGGAGGGCAACGGUUUUCAACAUCUACCUCAAUCAGUCAAUUCAAUCCCUAUGUUUUCCACCUUAUUGCCCCCACCACCAACACUACCUUUACCGAUGCCUCCUGGGCCGGCGUUCUCCUCGAGCCCAAGUCAAAGUUCCACCAGUCAUAGUCAGACACCGGAUGAUUUGGCUAAUUCUGGCACACCCUUGGUCUCCACUGAUUCCAUGAAUGGGGUAGGAAAUGGUUUUGGAUCAACUGACGUCAAAGAUGUUUCGAAAGCGCGAUGGAUACACAUCAAACAUCCCACCCUUGGACCGAAUCAUGGUCUUCCCUUAUCCCAUCAACUCAAAUUCGCUCGAGGAACAACGGGCUCAGCGAUGGUAUCACAACCACAGCAGCAGCAGCAGCAGCAAACAAGCAUGCAGUCACAUCGCUACCCAAUCAUGGAUCCCACUAUGCAUUUGCGAGCUAUUCAAGAAUGGAUGCUAAAGAACGAGGUUAGUCACAUUUCUCCCGAGGAUGGAGCGGGGUGGAAAGCACAACACCACGACACUCAUCCUGUCCCUUCUUUGAUCUAUCGAGCUGCGUGCGCGGUGGUCAUGACAGCGGUCCCUAUCAAAUGCGAUGAAUGGUCAAAGUUUUUGUUCGUUUGUGCAUUGCGUGCACGAGAAUAA